UUAAUAACUAUUCACAUGUUACACGUGGUGAUUCAGACCGGUGCCGUGGUAGUGCUUACAACAUCGUUUGAAUACAGAACAGAAUUUACUAUGUUGAACGAGGAUUUUUAGAUUACAGUAUAAAUACAGCCUCACAGGAUGUUCACAGACAACGUGGUGACAAUGCCAAGUGCCUGGUGUCUAGACAAUAUACUACUGAAAGAUGUCUCACCAGAAUCAUGGAAAUAUUCCCCAGAAAGAAAUACAAAUGAUACAGAAUACUACAUAUUUGAGGAAGCAGGAAUUGACAGGGUAAGACAGUUCCAUGAUUACUGUAAUGUUGGUAACCUGUCAACAGGAACCAGUGUUGCUAGUUCUGAAUGUAGUGAUGACCUUUACCUUGACGUUGAUGCUGAUACGGAAGCUGACCUGUUUGGUGACCUUGCAUCAUCUGUCCUCAGUAUUAUACAAGAUAUCAAGGACACAGAUUUUUCUGAAGUUGUUCUUGAAGAUCAUGAAGAUAUAAAGGACACAGAAAUAGAUUCAUCAUGUGAUAAUUGUAGCAGAAUUAUACCUCCAUCCGAACCAGCCAGUAUAGAUUUAUCUUGCAGUAGUUGUUCAAAUUAUUCUUCUAAAAACAGAAGACACAAGAAAUGGAAUGAAUUAAAGGAAGAUGAGAAAGUUAUAGUUGUUGACCAGCUAAGCCAGAGAAUAAGUCGUGAUCUUGGAAUAAGAGAACAGUUGGAAGUUGUAAGAAUGAUAGAUCCUAAAUCAAGAAUUUCACCCACAGAUAAACAGUUCUUAAUAGAUAUAACAAACAUGACAGAAGAAAAAAUAGAGAAAAUACAAGAUUACAUAAAGACACAUUCUUGUGCAGAUUGUCAAUCAGAUGAUAAUGGUGUAUCAACUUCUUCACCAAGAAAAAAUAAAAAGCGACAAAUGUCUCAGGAAAGGAAAAACAGACAGCGAGCUGAUAGACAAAGACAGAGGAAAGAAUACAGACAGAUACUUAAAGAAAAGCGUAGUGGAUUGUUUGUGAAAGAAGAGGUAUUGUCAAUGUCUCGGUUAACUCCGCCUCCAGAGGAAGAAGAUAUAGACAUUGUAGGAUAGCAGACUAAGAAAACAACAAAUAUCAAUGUCAGAUGAAGAAAUAGUAUCAAGAAUUUAAUAACUUGUAUUAUAUAUAUAUUUAAACAAUUAUAUAGAUGUGUCAAUGUCAAAAUUUAAAAGAUAGUCUAUUCAUGAUUUUGUCUUUCCAUGAUCAGUCUAAAGUAGUUGAUUUUAAAUUAUACAGAUUAUUGUCUAUUUAAUUUUGUCUGUCAGGUGCCUUAUUCAAACAACUCCUCCUAAACUGCUAGACAAAUAUUGAUGAAACAUUACACAGUUGUAGAACACUAUUUUUAUGAUGGAGCAUUGAAAUACGAUCUUGCAAGUUAAAGGGGAGAUAAUCAAAUUAUACUAUUCGUAAUUUGGGUUGACAUAUUCUUUGUGAGUUCACUCACAGUCCUUGUUUUCAAUGAAGUUACAGCUAAAGUCAAAUACUGAAAUACUCAUCAAUGCCUUAUCUUUUCAAAACUACAAUAAAUAGAAAUUGAUGACUUGAUCAUUUUUAAAAGUUAUGCACUUGAAAAUAUUAAUUAUCAGUCAGGCUUAUUGACUCAAACAGGUGAUUUCAUAAUCACCUAUUUUAGUGAUUUGAAAAUUUCAAUAAUCACCUAUGUAAGUGAUUUUGGUGUUUCCUUUGAUCUUCAAAUGCUAAUUUCAUUAAUAUUUCAUAUUUUGACAAAUUUUCUUGAAUUUUUCUUAAUAGAUCAGUUAUCCCUUUCUCUUGUAUAUUAAUUUCAGCAAUGCACUUGGGCAGUAAGUUAGUGCGCUAAAGCUUUCAAAAGUACCCUUGGGAAUUUUUCUGUAAUCAAAUAUUCAUUAAUUACACUUACAAUCAGACAAAGGUCAACAAUCUUAAGUAGCCUGAUUGGUCUUCUUGUCUAUUUUUGUGAAAAUUUUCAAUUUUUCAAUGCUGAAAUCACUUGUAUUAGUAGUACCCCUGACUGAUUAUAUAGAAAAUUGCAUUGUAAGCGAUCACACAUGUACAAUUUUUGCCAGAUUUUUAUCAAAUUUAUAUCAAAGGUUUACUAGUAAUGUCUCCAACAAUUUGGAAAAUCAGUGCCGAUCAGAUUAUUUUAAAAGAGUAAUGCCUCUUGGAAAUAUUAAUCAUUUCAAAAAUUGCAUUGAAUUUGCUAUCAAGCCUUCAUUUCUUUAAAAUAUUUAUAAAAAGUUUCAAAGCACACAAGUCUUUUUUAGUGAUUGCCCUUGGACAGAUAAAAUAUGUCACAUUGUGCAAUGCUGGGGACAUUGGAACUCUUUUAUUUUAACCUUGUAUCUUAAAUAAUGAAAACAAUUGUAGAUUCUAUUGUAUAAAAAUUUGAAAGCUCUGCAGUUUCUUACUUAAAUAAGACGCAAUGCACAAAGAUGUUGAUCAUGAAUGAAAAUUUUAAAAAAUGCCUUGCUAAUGGAUAUGAUUUCGUUGAAACACAAAUAUACUUUGAGCAUGUGUGAACUCAAAUUGAAACAUUGGAAUAGGGUUUGGCACUUAGACGGAAGCCCCCUAGUCCUGUGCUUUUCAAAUUUUUGUAGGAAAGAAAUGCAACUCAAUUAAAUGAACAUGUUGCUAAAUAUAAAUUCUGCUGAAAUACUUUAUUUAAACAAGUCAAACAAGCAUUCUGGGGUAUAGAAUUAGGCUAUUCUGACUUACCUUAUUUGCUAGUAAGAGGGUUCCAUUGUAUACACUGUACACAGUCAAGUCUAUUUGGGAUAUAUGAAUGAUCAUUUCUUAUGCAUUGUAAUUUGUUGGAAUAUAAUGUGAUAUUUAAGUAUCUGAUGUUUUGUUGAGGAAAAAACCCUCAAAUGACAUAAAUAUAUAUAUACUAAAAGUUAUUUAUCAGAUGUGCCUGGAUUAUUGAUUUGUUUCUUCUAUAUGCAAUAUUUAAAAACAAUAAAAUAGUAGAAAUAUA